CCCCGCCGGCUAGCUGCACUGCUAUACCGCCGCCACGUUGAUGCGCGCAUGCGGCCGCAGAUUUUGGGUGUGGCUCCGAAGACGUUGCGGCGUUCUCCAUAGUUACGGCUACGGGCCGGGCUUUGUUUCAGGGCAGCGAUGUUGAGAAACUGCGAGGAGAAUGAUGAUGCCGCGAGGAAGACGGAGGGGCUUGGCCGUGGACCGACACAACAUGAAGAAUCGAGCAGCAUUCCUGGUCGGUUGCAUGGCCGGCUGCCUCCUCAGCUCCGCGUUCUACAUCUGGUGGAGCGGCCGGUUGAUGAUGACCAGCGAGCGUUACCCGGUCGGGACUAAUGGAAUAUCGUCGUACCUUCAGCCGUCUGCGGGGUUUUUCUCCCACUCUGCGGACCGCGCCUGGACCCUAGCGAGCGAACUACGGAACAAGAAACGGCUUCUGGUCGUCGUUUUGACCGGCCGGAGCCGUCUCAACGACACGCUAACAACGCUGCGAGAAACGUGGGCGUCGCCUUCUCUCGGCAGCUACGACAGCGGCGUGGACUAUGCUAUCUUUGUGGCCGGGGAAGGCCCCUCUAUUCCUCGCGUGUAUUGGCUCCGCCACAUGCACGACUACAACCUGAAGAACGGCGGAAACCUCCGACAAGUGUUUAACGUACUACGUUACCUCCGUUCUAGCUACGUCCGUCACUACCACUGGUUUCUUCUGGCCUCAGAAAACACGUACGUAGCUCUGAAAGACGUUGAAGAAAUGCUUGGAAGAUUGGACCCAUCAAAACCUGUCUACAUGGGUAGGUUUGCCAGCACAGACCGUGACGUAAUGGCCAGGCUUCAUCUCUUACCAACUGAGUAUUUCUGUGAGUGGGGCCCUGGGAUUGUACUCAGUAACGCGGCGCUCGUGUCCGUUGCCGAGCAUCUCGACAGCUGCAAGCAGCACGCGGGGAUGUUUGGGUCUAGUACCAACACUAGUCACGGUCUGAAACUGGGCCGAGGUGACGUGGAACUCGGACGAUGCUUUAGUCGGAGAGUCGGGAUCCAAUGUACUUCUUCUCACGAGGCCCAGUCAUAUUUUGUCAGUGAUCCUGAUGGCUACUCACGAUCUCCCGAGAGACUGUGGUACAGCAGUCAAUUCCAGAACCUCUUAACUCUGUACCCGGUCACCGAAUUUCAGCACAUGUUGGCUCUUCACCAGUUUGUCCAGACACGAUCACUUCAGAGUCAGGCACAGCGACUGGCAUUGACUCAAAACCUGUCUAACCAGAUCUGCAAACAGGUUACGUCGGAGUUUGCGGCCCCGCUGACCGAACCGGACGCACGCUACUGCCGCAUGCGUUCCUCCAACAACUGCACGCCUUUAUCCACGCCUGUUGAAUCGGACGUCGUCCUCGACGAGAUGCCACCAAUCUUCAAGGCGAUGAACCGCUACGAGGUUGUCGCGUGGUCUUAUAUGACACCCAGGGGCGUGUACCAGAGCACGACAAUAGUGCCAGUUUAUGCAGCAGGUGGUGAGCUACGAGAGGAAAUAAACUUCAUUCUAAAUAAGGUGAUAUCCACGGUCAACUUACGAGAGGCGACUGAGUGGAUUGUGUGGCGUUUUAUAAGCUGCCACUUGCGAUACAGUGGGACUAGAGGGAGAGAGUAUGUCUUGGACGUUAUUUUGGAGGAGAAGAGGGAGAGGAGGAGGAAGAGGAGGAGGUGGAGGGUGCUGAGACCGCAUGGUCCGGGUCUGGUACUGCACGAGGACAGCGGGGAAGGGGUACUGACUAAGACUGUCAAUAUCAUCGUCCCGAUUAGCAGAGUUGGCAGUCGUUUCAACGAGUUUCUGCUGAACUACGAACGUCAGGUUCUGCUUGAGAACCAGAAUGCGGCACUCAUUCUGGUGGUGUUUGGGUCAGAGGUCGAGUCAGUGAACCACACAAUAACUCUGUAUCAGGCGCGUCAUCCUGACGCCGAUUUCACAGUCGUCACUGGCGAGGGAUCGUUCACACGCAGCGUCGGACUUGACACGGGGAUGUCACACAUCGAAGAUUCUGAACUAGCCUUCAUCUGUGACGUCGAUAUGACUUUCGAUGCCUCGUUUCUUGACCGUUGCCGGCUGAACACGGUUCAAGGUUCUCGUGUGUACUACCCGGAAUUCUUCAAGUACUACGACAUGGAUUACGUGUACAGAUUCAAGAGGAGACCGGCAGAACUGGGCAUCAAGAGAGAGCAUGGACACUGGGCCAGUUAUUCUUACGGAAUGGCCUGCAUGUACAAAUCAGACUACCUUGCCAGUGGCGGAUUCGAUACCGGUAUAACCGGUUGGGGCGGGGAGGACGUCGACCUGUUCGAACGGGUUUUGAAAACCGGAAUUGAGGUUUUGAAGGCUCCCGACCCAUCGCUGAGACACAGAUACCAUGAAAAGACGUGCAGUUUAUCACUUAGUCGCGAGCAGUUCAUCAACUGUAUCAGUUCUCGUAACGAAGGCCUAGCCGACCGCAUGCAGCUAGCAGAGUACGUUUAUUACCUGGAGGACAAGUGCGGUAUCAAAGAUAGACCGCUGUGGUCCUAGCAACAACAAUCACCAUAGUUCUCAAUAGACCGCUGUGGUCCUAGCAACAACGGUCACCAUAGUUCUCAAUAGACCACUGUGGUCAACCCACCAAUUUUUAUAAUUAUCUCGCAGUCACUUGUUAUAAACAUCUAUUUAUACCACAUAUUAUGUGUACAGAGUGUCACAUAUUAUGCAUUAUGUGAGAUGGUGCGACAAUCGCAGUGUUCUCUCAUCAUGUAAACUGUCAAUCAUAGCAGCUAGUAGGUCGUAGGUCAGAGUGCAAGGUUCAAACGAGCUGAAAUUAGCAAGAGGGUUGAGAGUACCGGCAUUACCUGUGCCCAAAGUUAGAAACAUAAUGUUAAUGAUAUUCACGAUAUGGGUGGGGCUCACCUGGAAUUU